UAGCGGUACAGUACGUGUAGGAAAACAUAAAGUCAGAUCAUAUUAAACAAUAUAUACCUGUGAUUUACAUCGAGUGUCACACUGUGCUAAAGAGAUACGUGGUUCUACACAAUUAGCAGAAACCAUGCACAGCUAUUAUAGAAACAAUUGAAUUUGCGUUCGCAAUACUUACUGAAUUACAAUGUAGCUUGAUUGUUGUUCCUAACUACCUUGUACAGUAAAAUAUUGCUUUACAGCUGUGUGUGCUAACGUGUGAGACAUGUGUUGGUUGUUUGGACAGUAAUAUCUCCAAUACUGUUAAAAUGCCACAUGUGAAGUACAUUGUGUGUGGCAUAUAUUUAUGCUUCACAAUAUUACUAACUGCGGAUAGUGUAGUUUCCUUGAGGAAAUAUGAGAAAAAGGAUUUGGAGGUUCUACGGGAGGAAGUUCGACAGAUGUUUCAACAUGCCUAUGACAGUUAUUUGCGGUAUGCAUACCCAUAUGACGAACUACGCCCACUCAGCUGCGAUGGAAUGGACACAUGGGGCAGUUAUUCAUUGACACUGAUUGAUGCUCUUGAUACAUUGGCUGUUAUGGGAAACUACACAGAAUUCCAGCGAGUUGUGAACAUAGUCACCACUCAUGCCAAUUUUGAUGCAAAUAUUAAUGUAUCUGUGUUUGAAACCAAUAUUCGCAUUAUAGGAGGAUUGUUAAGUGCUCACUUAUUAUCUUAUAGGGCUGGAGUUCCUGUUGAGCCUGGUUGGCCUUGCAAUGGACCUUUACUGCACCUGGCUGAGGAUAUGGCCCGUCGCUUAUUGGCUGCCUUUGACACAGCAACCGGCAUGCCAUAUGGUACAGUGAAUCUGCGUUAUGGAGUGCCACCUGGUGAGACAAGUGUCACGUGUACUGCUGGAGUUGGCACAUUCAUUCUUGAAAUGGGGACACUUUCCAGGCUUACAGGUGACCCCGUGUUUGAGGAGGUGGCAAUGAAUGCACUUCAUGCUUUGUAUAAUCAUCGCUCUGCAAUUGGCCUAGUGGGAAAUCAUAUUGAUGUGCAGACUGGUAAAUGGACUGCACAAGAUGCUGGAAUAGGUGCUGGAGUGGAUUCUUAUUAUGAAUAUCUUGCAAAGGGAGCUAUAUUAUUGCAGAGACCAGAGUUGAUGCGCAUGUUUCAAGAAGGGCGUUCAGCUAUUGAUAAAUAUUUGAGUCGUGAUGACUGGCAUCUUUGGGUGUCAAUGUCCAAGGGGCAGGUGACUCUGCCUGUUUUCCAGUCUCUUGAAGCUUACUGGCCUGGAGUGCUCAGUCUCAUUGGUGAAGUUAGUAAAGGAAUGAAGUCCUUACAUAAUUAUCACCAGGUGUGGAAGCAGUAUGGAUUUACACCAGAAUUUUACAAUAUCCCCCAGGGGGAGGUUGGGACAAAUCGAGAAGGUUACCCUUUGCGUCCUGAACUUGUGGAAUCAGUUAUGUAUUUGUACAGAGCCACACGUGAUCCGUAUUUGAUAGAAGUAGGAAAAGACAUCCUUCGGAGCAUUCAGCACAGUGCCAGGACCCCAUGUGGAUAUGCUACGAUAAAAGAUGUAAGAGACCAUCGCAAGGAGGAUAGAAUGGAAUCUUUUUUCCUUGCAGAAACCACCAAGUAUUUAUAUUUGCUUUUUGAUCCAGACAAUUUCAUACAUAACAGAGGAGAUAAAGGAACAAUUGUACAGACUCCUUGGGGAGAGUGUGUCCUGGAAGCUGGUGGUUACAUUUUUAACACAGAGGCUCACCCUAUUGAUCCAGGUGCUUUACAUUGCUGCAGUGGUCAUCGAGAAUCUGAUAUCCGCCAGAUGCUGAGCAAUAUAGACAGCAGAAAUUUCCGUGGUGAACGUCUCUCCACAAUUCGCAACCUCAGGAAAAAGCAUCAGUCGUUUGUAAAAACUGAAAAUUCUACACAACAGACAGAGCAGUCUACAACAGAGAAUACAGAUUCUAAUUCUGACACUGAUGAUGAUCAACGGACAGAGGCAAAAAAUAAUGAAGAGGUCACUAAUACAGUGUUGGAUGGAAGUUUAAAUGAAGUUAACCAAAGUUCUGAUAAUGGUGGUGUGAUCACAGAUGAUGCAGAUACACAGUACAUUGCAGUAGACGGUAAUGAAACUAACUCUUCGGAGUCUUACAUAAGGCCUGAUAAUUCUUCUGAGUCUGUAAAUAUUUCUGAUCAAGACAAUUUUGAUAACUUUAGCAUAACUACAGGAAAUGUAAACAUGAGUAGUAAUGGAGGGUUGGAACUUUCCUCGUCAUCUGAAGAAGAUAAAUCUACUCAGAACCAUAACAGUGCUCUAGAAUAUAGAGCAGAUGAUAGUGAUCAUGUCUAUGCAGUCCGUGACACAUCUAAAGCAAAAAAGGUAGUGCAGAGUGGCCCGGUGGGAGUAGUGGAUAGUGAGAAAGCAGGUGUUAAAAUGGUUCCAGCCUGGCAUGGAGUAAAAGAGGUUAAACAGAUAUUCUCAUCUGAUAUCUCAUCUGCUCUGAAAGACUUUCUUUUGCCAGGAGUCCCUCCAAAACGUGACUUUGAUCCUCAGAUUCUGCUCGAGAGGCUGCGCUCAGAAAUAAAUUACCCUCGCAAUAUUUCUUGGGAAAGUGACUAUGAGGUCCUUUCAUGUCUAGCACAACCAUUUGUGCAGCGAAUUUCUAUGUCUGGUGAAAUAUUUGGAGCUGAAUGAACUAAAAU